CGACUGUCGUUACGUACCGUUGCCAAACAAUGGGCAGGAAAAAGCCACGUUGACGAACUUUGCUGAAGUGUACCUGCUUUUCGGGACUUGGACAGAUUAGUCUUAAACACGACAGAUUAGUCAUGUCAUCGCCGCCGAAAGAGAAAAUCGAAACCAGAGCUGGACAUCCCCCCGCUGUCAAAGCAGGCGGGAUGAGGAUAGUCCAGAAACACCAGCCUGGCGAGCCAGCAUCAGACAGGAAGGAAGACAAGGACAGUAAAGAGUUCGAGAGCUGCAGCCCACCGAAGCCAGUAGUUGUGGUGUCCGGCGUGGUGACAAAGGGCGAUAAGGACUUCACCCCUGCUGCAGCACAAGUGGCCCACACGAAACCUGUCCCCUCCGUGCAGAAGCUGCCCCCAUCCCACCACAUCAACCAGCACAUCCACCAGCCACGCAAGUGAGCCUCCGCCCGUCCCUGGAACCAGCGCGUCGGGCGCGGCCGGGACCACACCGACCAGCCCCGCCUCCGCACCCAAGCACCACCGGCCCGACCAAGCGCUCAGAUUACCAGGAGACUCCUGGUUUCAAACAUUCCGCACGACCCCUCCUGCCUGUGCCUGCGACUUGUACCGCCCUUGACUAAACCCAGGAGAUCGCUCUCCAUCCUGCGCUCGGCUCUGCCUCCCCUGUACAUCAUUACAACACUAGAUUUGAGGGCUCCAUUGCCAAACACAGAACAGUUUAUUCUGUGAUUCUGUUAAUUUAAUUAAUCAGUUGACCUUGAUUUUUUUCUGUUUUAAACCAGAAGCUUCUGGAAUUAUGUAAAUUGUAUAAAUCUUUUUUGUGACAUCAGUGAAUGAUGCAUAUUAAGCAUUAGGCACUAGGUGUGGUUGCCUGAAUAAAGUUAUUAUAAAAUCAUCA